AUGGAGCAUGCUAAGUUUAAUGUUAGGGGAACACAUGAGCACGGAUAUGCAGUGCUUAAUGCGUACUGUUAUAUGCUUGAAGUUGCAAAUCCAGGAAGCAAGACGACAUUGUCGCUCGAUGAAAAUGGGAGGUUCAAGUACUUCUUUGUAUCAUAUGUCACUUGGAUAACUGGUUUUCAAGAAAUGAGAAAAGUAGUAGCCGUUGAUGGGACAUUCCUGAGGAGCAAGUAUGAAGGAGUUUUGGUAUCGACGGUGAAUCAAGAUGCUGAGAAACAUAUAUUUCCAGUGGCUUUCUGUGUUGUGGACAAGGAAUGCGAUGUCUCAUAUGAAUAUUUUUUUCAAAAUAUGAGAAGCUUUGUAGAUGAUACUGAUGAGUUAUGCAUUAUUUCUGAUAGACAUCCAAGUAUUAGAAAGAUGGUUUCGACUAUCUACCCUGCAUCUCAUUAUGGUUGUUGCAUGAAACACCUUGGGGAAAAUAUUCGAAAUAACUUUCACAAUUCAAAGGUAGUAACCCAUUUUUAUAAAGCAGCAAAGGCGUACGAUAGAUGUGAGUUCAAUGACCAUUAUCAAAUAAGAAAUUUGGUACCAAAGGCGGCUGAAACUCUUGAACGUAUUGGAUUUCACACAUGGAGCAGAGCAUUUUGCCCGGGAAAUAGAUAUAACAUUAUGACAUCAAAUAUCGCGAAGUCAGUGAAUUCUAUGUUUGAUGUUGAAAGAGAAUUUCCCAUUGUCGCUCUAUUUGAUGAAAUAAACAGGAGAUUUGCACUUUUAUUUCACCAGAGGCAUAUGGAGCUUGUGAACUCUGCAAAUAGAUUUGUUCCUUCAAUUGAAAAAGACAUAUCAAAGUAUGUCAACGCGGGCAACAAGUUGUUGGCUCAUCAAAUCGCUAACUACAAAUGCAGUGUCACUGGUCAUGAUGAUGUUGCUAUGGUGGAUGUACAAAGAACUUGUACUUGUAGAAUUUUUGACUUGCACAAAAUACCUUGUCCACAUGUCAUGGCAGUGCUUCGAGCCCAAUAUGGUGCCAAUUUUGAAAAUCCGAUUUAUGAGUACUCCUCUCCAUAUUAUUCAGUGAAAAAAUACAUAAUGGCAUAUUGUGAGAAAAUUCACCCGGUGCCACCUAAAGAUUCUUGGAUUGUCCCUUUGGAUGUCAUAAAGAGAGAAAUACCUCCUCCAUAUGUUGAUCAAAGCAAACCUGGAAGAAGGAGAUAUAAGAGACGGCGUGGAUAUGAUUUUUUCAAACGUAGCGAUUCAAAUGGAUUGGGAAUUCUUAGUCAAGCAGCAGACGGUGACCACAUUGGUGCAUCCUAUGUGCUUGCCAUAAUUUCAAUCUUCAAUGGCGGUGAAUCCAUGAGAGAAGGCAUAAUGUGCAUGGGUGAUGUUUGUUGUUUGUUUUUGUCGGACCUUUGUCUAAUGGAGGGUGGUCUUGUGACAGAGUGCAUGGGUAGCUCUGAUCCACCACCCUUCAAGAAAGAAUGGUGA